AUGGUUAACGAAGCGCUGGUUGUCGAUAUUUCUCCAAAAUCCCGGCGUCUUGAACUGCAAGCAAAAAAUGAAACUCCAAAACAGAGUGAAAUUAAAAACUACAUUGGCCCAAUAUUGACAACAACUUUAUGUGAUUUUAGUCCUCCUGAUAUACAAAAAUUACUAGGCGUAACACCGCAACUCGAAGGUCCGCCAAAAAAUUUAUGGACGCCUCCGAGUGAUAAAAUAAUUUUACGACCUGUUACAAAUCACAACAUCAUCAAAGCUCUUACUCAUGAUGGGAUACUAAAUUUAGGGGAACAAGUUAAGAGAAAUUACGAAGCAGAUGUAAAUAAAAGAGUAAAUGACAAUUUAAAUCGCGAGAUAAAUGAAAUCCGUUCAAUGUUUGAAGCUGAAAAACGUCAUGCUAUUAAUCUCAGUAUUAAUGAGACUAGAAAUGUAUAUGAAAGUAAGAUUGAUUUAUUAACUAAAGAGCAUGAAAGUAAAUUGCAGAGUGCGCUCGCUGAAGUUGUAGAAAAGUCUAAUAAGAAAUUACAAAAAGCUGUUGUGGCUGAACGUGUGAGCGUGACACAUCAGAUGCUUAAGAAAUUAAGAGAUGAAAUUGGUUAUAUGGUCAUUAAACUGUACGAUGAGUUCGAGAGAAAAUCCCGAGUUGACCGAGAAAAUAUGAUUGCUGACUUUAAUAAAACAAUUAGAAAUGAACGAAAUAAAAAUAAUGAUAUUUUAAAUGCUUUCGAGAAAGAGAAAAAUCUUGAGAUGAAUAUUCAAAGACUUGAAAUAGAAAAUAAAUAUCUUAAUCUUCUGAUAAAUUCAGUCAGGGCGGAAAGAUCUCACAGUGAAAAUCGAAUGAGUUUUCGCCAGCAAAAUUUCCAGGUACUGUUAUUGUUUGUUGAAUUAAAAAUUCAAGCUCUUUAUGAACUUCUGGUGAAAACAUUGUACAUAAUAAAAGUAUUAAAUAAAAAAUUGUCCCAACCGACAGCUCGAAUUCACGAGCCCUCUUGGCGAGAUAAAUUACAAGAAAUAAUAAGUAAAUUUAAAAAGAUGAUUAAUUUUGUAUUUCACGCGAUUCCGGGGCACGCUGAAUUUCUCCUUUCUCUAGAAUCACUUUUGUCUUUGGAACAUCAUGAAGAUAGAAUUGCUUGUGAAAAUGAGGAUAGUAAUCGCUGUGUCUUGGGAAUAAUAAAAAAUUUCUCUGGAUCAUUAAAAAAUGACGUUUUUCGAGUUGUAGAAAUUGUUGAUAAAAAUGGAAAAAAAUGGAGGCCUGUCACUUUGCCAUAUCAGGUAAUGUUUCAUUUUUAAUUAGUAAUCAAUAAUGAAUAAUAAAAUAAUUAUCUUUUUUUUAUGUAGCCAUCAGUCGACGAUGAAGAUGAACCGCUUUUCAUACCAGAAAUCAUUUUGUAUCAUUAUAUCGAUGAUGUUUUGUCUGAUGAUAAUUUUCCUAUAGAAUCAAAUGAUGAAAUCGAUAACGAUGUUCGGACUUUUGAAGAAUUGACUGAAGAAGAUAACUUUAAGAUUCAAAUUAUGGAUUCUGAUAUUAAUCUGCAAAAUUCCAGAGAAUCAAUUGCAUCGGACAAAAGAAAAUCUUCUGUAACUACACCUGACGACGUAAUUCAACAUAAAAUUCGGACUUCUUUAAGAAAAGCGAUUGAAAUUAUAACAAAAUUAAAAGAAGAAUUCCCUUCAAGUGAGCCACAGUUCUCCAAACACGAGGACGAAACUGAGCGUAUUUUACUAGACUUAAUGAAAUAUUCCAAUGAUCUAAAAAACGUCUAAACUAUCUAAAUCUAAAUAAAACAUCAAAAAUUAACAUACAAAUUUUUCAUGUCACAUAACUUUAUUUGACAAAAAAAAAUAAGUUUAUAAUGAUAUUGACAAUAAAUAAAACAGUUCACGUGAAUUGUUUAUGAGUAAUAUGAAUUAGAUAU